GGUUCAUUAGUGUCUGGAUCCAGGGAGGAGGGACAUGUUAGGCAGUCACAAUUCCAAAGUGGUCAGAGCAAGACCUCUCAAUUUGAACUCAGUACACAGAACUAUAUCCGUGUAAAGAGUGAUUUUAUUUUUCCGAAAGUUACUUGGUUGGAUAAGAAGUGAAGCCCAGCUCUGCUCUCGAAGUGUCGAUGCCGUCUCUUUGACGGAUAUUAUCACGGUGCUGUGUGGGAACGCAGCAUCAGGAGUAGCAGUGCACUCAAGCCUCCCUCGGUCUGUUGGAGGCGUCUGAGACGCGUUCGCUCUUGGUUACGCACGCGAAACUACUUUUAUAUUUCUGCUCGAAUAAGACAUCUGUCUUUUGGAUACACACACACACCAAUACUUCUACUGAGAGUGGACAUAAUAGCGUAUAAUAAUUUUACAUCGAUGUUUUGGAUGCACAGAUGAGAGAUCCAGUUUACACAGGGACUGCCAUGGCUUAUCACCCUUUUCACGCUCACCGGCCGGCCGACUUUCCUAUGUCAGCCUUCCUUGCAGCUGCACAGCCUUCCUUCUUUCAUGGACUUACGCUGUCUCACGGCGCUCUUCCCAAACCCCUAUCCGACCAUCCUCUCUCUGGAGCCGCGGAAGCGGGACUCCACGCGGCGUUGGGUCAUCACCACCAAGUGGCUCAUCUCCGCUCCCUCAAGAGCUUGGAGCCGGAGGAAGAGGUGGAGGACGACCCAAAAGUCACUCUGGAGGCCAAGGAUUUAUGGGACCAAUUUCACAAAAUAGGAACCGAGAUGGUUAUUACGAAAUCAGGAAGGUAAGGACCUUUAUUUACUGUUACGUGUGCAUACUGCUGCAUAAGUUUAUUUGAUUAGGAAAUGGUCAUAUAAAUGAAUCACUCAAACAAUAGUAAUAUUCUGGAUCAAGCAAUAGUAAUCCAAAAGGUGGUGGCACUGAAUAUAUAUAUAUAUAUAUAUAUAUAUAUAUAUAUAUAUAUAUAUAUAUAUAUAUAUAUAUAUAUAUAUAUAUAUAUAUAUAUAUAUAUAUAUAUAUAUAUAUAUAUAUGAGUGAAGUAGGUUGUAGUAUAUAUAUAUAUAUAGCAUAGUGUUUAUACAUUGGGCCUUUAGAGGUAGGCCUAUAAUAGGCCUACCAUGAGAAAUAGACUAAUUACCAAAUUCAAUCAAUCAAUCAACCAAUGCAUGCAUGCAUGUGUCGAAACAAAUGUGUUUGAAGAGGGAAAAGGUUAAGUGGUUUGGUUAGGCUGUUGAACUUUUGUGCUGAAUUCCAAGGCCUGCCCUUAGAAUUAUUGGUGUAGCCUACAUCUCCCUUGGUUUCAGUAUUUUUGCAUAAUCUUUAUCACUCUCGUUUUACUCUAUUGCAGGAGGAUGUUUCCCCCAUUCAAAGUUCGCGUCAAUGGCGUUGAUAAGAAAGCCAAGUAUAUCCUCCUUAUGGAUAUAGUCUCUGCUGACGACUGCCGCUACAAGUUCCACAACUCGCGUUGGAUGGUAGCUGGGAAAGCUGACCCGGAGAUGCCCAAACGAAUGUACAUCCAUCCGGACAGCCCUGCCACAGGAGAGCAGUGGAUGGCGAAGCCUGUUGCUUUUAAUAAACUGAAGUUGACGAAUAAUAUAUCGGACAAGCAUGGAUUUGUAAGUAUUUUGUUGAUUUAAUUUUAUAAUGUCUCGAUGAAAGAUAUGAAUUAGGCUUUUUAGUCAAACCAACCUGGCUGUUGAAAAUGGUUCAAUGCUGAUAUUCCUAUCAGGCCAUUUUGUAGACGCAAUCAAUCAAUUCAUAUUAUAAUGAGGUACGUAUGCCUAGAAUAAUGCAUAUGUAAAGUCGUUGGAAGGUAUAACACCAGUUGAUCAAUUAUUUAACCUUCAUUGAUAAGCAACAACAAUGAAAAGGAAAUCACAAAAAUAUUGGUAACACUGUAGUAAUCCACCAUGCAUCUCUAAAGGAGUUUUAAGGCUCAACAACAGUGGUUGAGAUUUUAUUUAUUGUUUUUUUAAAGUAUUACAUUCGUGGUAUGUUUUGGUGCGUAGCAGAGUGUCAAAGUAUGGGAUUAAGUCAAGUAUAGCAAGAACCAGGUCGAAGACAAGAGGACAUACUUUUUCCAUCUCUUGUGUUGGAUUUGUGAGUCUCUUCAGGCGACCUUAUACAUCUUGUUCGACCUAUUUUAGUACGAUGCUAUGCCUUGAGCUCAAGAGCAAAAUUCAUAGAUGUUUGAUCCCAAGGUGUUUCAUUUCAGUACAAUUUGGAUAGAAAUAUUGCAAGAAGGGCACGUGGAAAUGUUAGCAGAUACUCGCUCAACGCUUACAUGCAAUAACAACUACGUAUUCCAAAUGCUUUCCAAUAGGUUAUUGCCCAUGUCGGCAUAUAGGCCAGUAUUUUGAAUAUGAUUUGAAUACAGUUUUGAUUUUACGGCAUUGUGCUAAAGUAAUUCAGUUAUUGCUGCCUGCUAUUGUCGUUUUUCUCAUGUCUAGUGCAGGUUAUGCCAAUCCAAAUUAGUCAAGCGUUACAAGAGCUGUUAAUUUCAUAACCAUGUUUAGGCUACGCCUUUAUGAAAGUCCUUGACACAUUUUCAAAUAUGUUGCAAAUGCUUCAUACUUCUUUACAUUAAUUGACAAGUGCAAUAAAACAUUUUAGAAAAGUUUAUAUAAAUGCAUAAUCCCACGUAACCGUUUUAUAUAGGACUGGCUACAUGUAAUAACAUCAGUAAUAGGCUAAUGAUAAGGCAUAAUCAUAAUUGUGAUAUAUUCUUACAAAUAACAAGUUCCACAAUAGAAGCUGGAUGGUAGGCACCUACUCGGCCCCAAUGCAAAACAUUCGGUCAGUCUUCAUUGUCAGUAGGCUUAUAAACGCUCGAAAUAGUUGACCAACUGUUGUCAUGCUUGUUUGUUGUCUACGUUUGUUACGUAAAAUCAUGGUUUAAGGAAAUCAUCGGCUUUUACAAAUUAAUAAUGCAUUAUGAAACACAGUGUGUGUCUCUCUUUGGUGGGGUGUAUAAAUUCCCUGGAAUAAUACAAUAAUAUAUUGUCAUCAUCAUCUCAGUUCAAACCAAAACGUGUAUCACCAUGAUCACCUUAUAACAUAUUUUCUGUUUCUUUGCAAUCUCAGACUAUCCUGAAUUCGAUGCAUAAAUACCAGCCCAGGUUUCAUAUCGUGAGGGCCAACGACAUUCUGAAGCUCCCUUACAGCACCUUCCGGACAUACGUUUUUCCAGAGACAGAUUUUAUAGGUGUCACUGCAUAUCAGAAUGACAAGGUAAGCUUCACUAGAAAGUGUGUGCGUGUUGUUUCAUAGUUUCACAGUUGCAUAAGUUCUCAAAAAUCUAAAUAUAAUGGGGAUAUAUGCUUUAAACAGUUGGACCAGUCAGUUAUCUGGACUUCGUUAGGAAUCUUUACUCAAUAACCUAUCUUAUGUUGAUGUUAAUUAGAGUACAUGUUGAAGUGGCCUGGUGGCUUGAUGGUAGGCUUGUGUAAAGUUUAUGGUACAGAGUCACAAUCGAUUAGAAGGCACUUAUCUUCACUAUGUCCUCGGGCUACUGCAUGGAGACUCCAAAGCAGUUCUGAACAAUCAAAGCAUGCAAUACACUAAGGCAAAGCAUGAACACAGCUUGGAAAGACUCAUAGGACAGACGAAAAUUAAUAUAUGAACGGAUAGUAUUGUUCCUAAAUGAACAAGGCCAGUAUAGGUGUGCCACGAAAGUUUAAAUAGUAGCAUUCAGUCUCUGAGAAUUACAUCAGCAUAUAAUAGUCGAAAUGUUAGGUAUAGCACUUUCCUUUUAGAAGAAUUAUGAAUAAUUGAUCGGCUUUAGUAAUUACACAUCAUCAACAGAGAUGCUUGUCUUGCCUCUCCAGAGGGCACGAGCUAACAAGCGCAGCAGUCCCCAGCACCAUACACUUGCUAUUGUUACUUACAAUUAUUAUUCCAUCAAUAAUGCCUGUUGAAUUAAUGGUAUUAUUUUGCUCAUCAAUGGCAUUAGUAUUAUUAGUGGUAGUACGCCAAGCAAUUUAAGAAUAGUUCAGUGGUACUUUUCCAUGUAAUACAUUUUACUAUUUUAAGGAUACCAUUGUUGAUUGCCAUGCACUCUAAUUUUCUCUACAGAUUACACAGCUCAAAAUUGAUCACAACCCCUUUGCCAAAGGGUUCAGAGACACGGGAAAUGGACGACGAGAAAAGAGGUAUAUUAUUUUCUUCGAUAUUGAAUUGAAUGACCCUGAAAAUAUGAUAAUGAGUUGAGAAUACUUGCCUCAUUGGGAUAACAACAAUUAGCAGACUGAGCAAUACUGUGUAGUAGACUGCUUGCAUGAUCAAAAGUGAUUCGAUCACACAAUACAGAUGCAUUAACUAAUCUCAGUUCGGUCUGCAGGAAGCAGUUAACCCUUCCAUCGCUGCGCAUGUAUGAGAACCGGGACCUCGUAGGGCACCGGGACUGUGCCGACUCGGAUGACUCCUCCUGUGAACAAACCACCGGAAGGGACUCGGUUCAUUCUCCACUGGGACCUGUUACCAGUCCACUGAGGUUCAACCGAACCAGUCGAGGUAAGUCCUCUCAUUAAGCAUGUGUUUACAUUCAUUUGCAUGUCCACUAAUUGGUCAUUUUGAAGAUGCCAGUAAUUUAAUAAGACUCGAUAAUUAAAAAUGGGAACAAAACUGAAGGUAUGUUGUUAUUAUGUGUCAUUAAGCUGAGCAGAAUGUUUUCUGGAUGAUUUACAAUUGGAUGAGAGAGAAAUAUAAGAAGAAAAAAUAACAGAGGAUAAGUGGAGAAAUCUGCAUGCUGUGCGAUCUUAGUUGUGAUAGGCUAUUGGUUUAGGGACAAGUUAUAAAGGUGCUGUAGAACAGGAGAAACAAUAACAUACAGGAAGAUUUCUUUAUCCAGGGUAUAGUAUUUCCAGGGGCGCAACUUUGGUUUUAGAAGUGGGGGGGACAUAACUAUAUAUAUAUAUAUAUAUAUUAUCCAGUCAGUUAAACACUCCAAACAGCUUACCCGUUCGCUCGGAGGCGUCCACAUGGUCCUAAAGCAAACCAUUGGCUCGUUUUGUAUCACAUUCCAAUGAUACAACUGGGGGGGACAAAAAUACAAUUUCAGAAUGUGGGGGGACAUGUCCCCAGUGAAAGUUGUGCCCCUGCCCAUAUCCAUUGCUCUAUAAAACAUGUAGGCUGGGCCUCAUGCAUCAGUGUGACAAAUGCGCCAUCUACUGACAGGUCCAUAAACAUUCAGCCCCUUGAUUACUGUAGUAUGCAUGGUAUUCAGAUUAUUAUUCGAUAGUUACGCAUUAGAUAAGCAACCAAGCACUAAACGUUGGCCUAGUUCAACUGCGGAAGCUUUAUAGAACGACUUUAAACAAAAUGUAUGCUAACCUCACCAACGAACCAUGCAUUUUUACGCGCGGAAGGGAAGUCGUUAGGAAUGUUAACACUAAAUCACGACUCCUUCCUUGAAAUAAUAUAUAAGGUAAUGCUACGCAUGUACUGGUUGUGAUUUUAAAUGGUUGUAGCACACUGGAAGCUAUGCAAAUGCUACUCACAUAGCCUAUAGUUAUUUUUGCUUUGUGUCAUAUGGGUAGGCUAUAAGUUACUGUAGGGGUUUUACUCACAUUAUGUUAUAUUCUAUCAUUUCAUUUCGAUAUUUUAAUGGAAGUUCGGAAUAAUGUUUUACAGACGACAAGAACUGCACUGACAGUGAUCAGGAGCUUGACCCACAAGAGGAGCGCUCCAUCGCAGCCAGCAGCCCACGGCCUGAACCAACCUCUCCUUUCAGCCCUAAAGGCGAUGACAGCGUGAGAGAUAGGCCACUGCUGGAAAAGAAGAGCGACUACCUGGAUUCAAGGAAAGAGAGCGACUCUGUGUUCAGUAUUCGAAAUCUUGAAAAGGACAAGUUAGAUCAUAAGCACCGCAAAGAGACGGAUCCUACAAAGAAAGACACGGAAAGUGGGGGCAUCAGUGGGGUCAACGAUGGGUUUUCUCCUCUGAUGGUACAGACAGAGAGCCCAUCACACUUCAGCGCGAGUCACCUGCAGAGUCUGGCCCUUUCCGGUUUCCACAGUCAACAGUUCUUUAACCCUUUGAAUACGGGACAAAUGUUGUUCCACCCCGGACAGUUUUCGAUGGCACCAGGGGCAUUCUCCAACAUGGGUAUGGGGCAUCUGUUGGCCUCUAUGUCCGGAGCUAAUGGCCUGGAAAACGGAGGCCUCUCCUCUCAAAGUGCGGGCCCUAGUCCCUUCCCAUUCCACCUGUCACAGCACAUGCUAGCGUCUCAGGUAAACAUUUACUUCAACUCUAAUAUCUAGGCUACAGACAAGCUUGCAUGAAGGUAGCAAUGCAUAUAGACCAAAUAAUAGUAAUGUCCUCUUAACAACGAAUUAGCCUACAUUAUGUAGCCUAUGGAACACAAUAGGCUAUUUCUAUACGUUUUCCUGCACAAACUUCUACAAUUAAAACAUAUUUUUUGCAUCACUUUCAAGUGCAUUCAUAAUAAAUGAUUUCAGUAGGCCUAUGAUCAAUUGAAUGUCGAUUUAUGACUAUAUAGUUUCACUGGAGAAUGACUAAAGCCUAGUUUAUUGUCUAGUUUAUUGGGCUAUUCAAAACAAAAUUGGGAUCUUGUGUAUAACAUUUUUGAUUUAAUUGAGAACAUGAUAAUAUACUUUCUUUUAAUUAUGGAUAGAUAUAGGCCUACUUUUGUAAUCGUAGUAGAUUAGAUUAUUUUAAUAGCCUAUAACACAGUGUCGUUUAAACAUCAGAGACAGAGAGACAAAAAUGCAGCUAAGAAUCCAAGAAGUACGACAGGCCUGGAAUUCUGUUUGUAUAGCAUUUGUACAUGUAUAAUAACGCGAUUAUUUUUUAAACACAGGGAAUUUCGAUGCCACCUUUUGGGGGAUUGUUCCCGUAUCCAUACAACUACAUGGCAGCUGCUGCUGCUGCGGCCUCUGCCCUCCCCAACUGCACUGCAGCCUCCACAUUGGGCAGAAACCAUUUCCUCACCACCUCCCGACAAAGACUGCGAUUCAACCCUUAUCAGAUGCCCACGUCUAUUCCUCCAAGCACUAACCUGCUUACAACAGGGCUGCCGGGCAGUUUAAACGCAGCAUCCGACCUGUCCAAAUCAGGCAGCAGAGAAACAAGUCCUGUAUCUGAGCACCACAGCCACAAAGCGUCCAGCCAGACGACAGCAUCCCCCAAAACAUCUGUGAAGGAUUCCACUAACGAACUGCUAAAUAUACAGAGGCUGGUCAGAGGACUGGAAAAACCCAGAGAAAUGUCUCCUGCCAUUGACUCUCAAAAGUGACGAAAAUCACCUGUUCAAUCAAGGUGUCUUUGAGGUGAUUCUUUCGGGCUAUACAGUUGUGCUGAGAGUUAGAUGGGUGGGUGAUGUGGGCUGAAGAGGUGACCAACAGGGGAGUUCAUCAAACGAGAUACUAUAUCGGUGAUAUAGAUCCCUUAACGUCAGUGUAUAACUGUGUAUGGAGAGCAUCUAGGCCCCUGAAGGAAACAGAGGAUAUUGGUAGGCUAUUGAUAAGGAAAAAGCUACAUCCAAAAAAUACAUUACAAUAGAUUUCAAAAGGGAUGGAAAG